AAUAUGGGGGCCUUAAAGAUACAGCCCUUACACUUAUUCUUUUAUCUCUAUACCAGUGAUGUAUCUAUUUUUACAUUUAGGCUUUUAGAUAUCUUAGAAGAUGAUAUGCAAAUAUUAAUCGGUUAGCUGUGCGGUUAUUCAUUACCUACUUUUCGUUUGCAGUAAUGGCGCAACUACAUGUUACUAGAAAAUCAAGAAAAUUUAAGUUACAUCAUGUCAGGUCGUUAGGUGACAAAAGCGACAACAAAUCGAACAUGGGUGAAAUGGAUAAUAAGAAAGACGUUGUGUGUAUUUUUGGGCAAAAACAGUCUUUGCAAUAAAAAAUGGAAAGGUUGGCAUUAAAUGUCAACAGUUUAUCAACGUUAAUCAAAAUCUGAAAGUUUAUUACACAUAUAUAACAUUUAAAAGAAUUUUAAUAAUAUGUUGUUAACUUAUCUGAUAAAUAUAGAAACUAAUGAAAGAAAAAAGAACAACAGGAGGAAACGUUGGUGACUUCAGCAGCAAGCAGAAUACAAAGAUGGCAUCGUUGAUUAUUUACAGCGUUUGUAUUUUAUAUUUUACAACUGUGAUUGUCACAGAAAAAUGUUCAAAUCCUAAAGGUGGCCUUGAGUUCUGUUCUUGUUCUGCGGAUGAAACUAUUGUUACCUGUCGAAAUAACAGCCUGCUGUCAUUUCCAGAAAAAUUGCCAUCGAAUGUGGAGACAUUCAUUUUUGAAUCAAAAUCAUUGCAAAAUAUUCCUCCUUCAUAUUUUCAAUCCUACUUCAGGUUAAAAAGUAUUCAAAUUACAGGCGGAGUGUUUCCUGAUCUAUAUCAACAAUACUUUAAUGGAAUUAGUAGAACUGUGAUGCAUUUAAAAAUAUCAGAAACAAAUCUUAGAGAUAUCCACUAUCUCACCUUUUUUGUUCUUUCACAGUUAAGAUCACUAGAUUUACAAAACAACGAGCUAAGCUCUAUAUUUCACCUACCUAUGGAGAAUUUAACACAUCUUGAUCUUUCUGGCAACAAAAUAAGUUCCAUAGGGAAAGACGUGUUUUCGAAAUUGCGCAACCUUGAAAUGCUCAAGUUAAAUAACAACAAGCUAACGUCGUUACCUUCCAACUUGUUUAGAAAUCUGGUCAGUCUAAAAAAAUUAUAUUUAUCAAAUAACCAGUUAUCCAACCUAUCUUCAGACAUAUUUUUGAGCCUACGAUAUCUUACGGAACUUUAUAUAACCGACAAUAAACUGGACAAUGCAUUUUGGGAAGCUUUAAAAAAGCUUAAAAAUGUCCAAAAACUAGGUUUAUCAAGGAAUCAAUUCUCUUCUGUUGAGGCAAAUAAUUUUUUACAUAUGGGCGAUCUUCAAAGUAUCUUCCUACGUGAAAAUCGUCUACCCUUGGUAAUAAAACCAAAGGCGUUUUUUAUUGACCAAUCAAAUGUAAGAGAAUUGUAUCUGUCAGGUAACAAUAUAACCCAAAUUACAAACUUCACAUUUUUUGGUCUACAAAAUUUAACAACACUGUAUUUGGAUGACAAUAGAUUGAAGGAAAUCCCUACAGAUGCCUUUCUGCAUUUAUCGAAGUUAGAAUGGUUACAUUUGAGAAGAAACCAGUUAACAUCAAUAGAUAUUGAUGGCUUUAGGGGAUUAAAGCAAAUUAAACACAUUUAUCUAACAUCCAAUCUGCUGAAAAAUAUGAAUAAAGUUUUCCAGCAUUCAAAGAGUCUUGUUCAAUUAAAUUUAAAUGAUAAUAGAAUUGAACAUAUAACCAAAACAUUGUUCGAGGGCUUGGAGAAAUUAAAGUAUCUUAACUUGGAUAACAAUACCAUCAGUGAUAUAUACGGAGGGGCGUUCAUAAAACUACCAUCACUGGAAAAGCUUUAUCUUCGACAUAAUAAGUUGACCAAGAUAGAUGAAGACGAUUUUGCGCAUGCAACUUUCAAAGAGCUUUACUUAAAUUACAAUCACCUAGACAUCAAAACAAAAGCUUUUCAAGAUAUCAGAAACUUGAAAAAGCUUUAUCUAUCUGACAACAGAAUGACCAGUGUCAAGGGAACGAUGUUUCAAAAUACAAAACUAGAACUUUUAAAUCUGCAGAGAAAUAAAAUAAAUUUCGUCGAAUCUUUUCCUGAUUCAGUCAAAAUCAACAUUUCACAUAAUCAGCUGGAUUAUCUAUCGUCUGAAAUGUUCAGCCGAAACAUUGAGAUUCUAGAUGCAAGUUACAAUAACAUCAGUGCAUUAAAGAAGUCGACUUUUCAAAAUGUGUUCAGCUUGAGGAGCCUUUAUUUACAACAUAACAGAAUUGACACGCUGGAAGAAAACACAUUUUGUCGUCAACUUCUUUGCGAGUACUCUUUGAUUAAUUUUGAAAAUAAUUUGCUGCCAUGCAACUGCAAAAUCUGGAGUGUGUUGAGUCCCAUCUCUAUUAUUAUCAUUCGUGGUAGUUGUCCGUCUAUGAGCCUUACUGAUUUAGUGGAGAAAAAUGGGUGUCAAUGUGGCACCAGUGAUUCAGGUAAAUGCAACACAAAGAAAAGGAUAUGCGAGGAUCAUAAAUGUAAAAAUAAUGCAGAAUGUAUAGCACUUAAUGAAAACUCUUACAUUUGUAAAUGUAACGGAGGUUACCAUGGUCGCACGUGUAAACUCAAAAGCUCAGAGUGUAACCCAAAGUUAUGUAAUAAUAAUGGGACUUGCCAACGCAUUGGAAAAAAGGCAACGGAAUAUACAUGUUUAUGUAAUACUGGAUUUUCUGGAAAGAAUUGCGCAGUUAAAACUUUGACAAACGUGGAAAUAACUUCAAUUAUGAUAUCUGGGCUGGUCAUUGAAGCGAUUGUCUGCAUCGUGUUCGUUAUUGCCGUUGUGUUUUUGUUUCAGAGAGUAAAGACAUACCGGACAUUGAGCAAGAAGCCCAGUCCUGCAGAUGAAAAUCAGUAUGCUUCGAUUGAUACACUGUACCUCCCUGAAUCUUUCCCUACCUAUCAACCGUUGAGUAAAAUGGAGAGUACGACAGCGGAAUCCCCCGAUGCUAAUGAAUACGAGUUGAAUCUAGAAAUGCAGGGAGAAUCUGGGAAAGAGGAAAUGAAUAAUGACGAUGAAACGAAAGAUUCGUACUACAAUGUAGCAACGAGAACAUGAGAGUAUGGUAUGAUAUAAUAUUGCAACCGCAAGAAGUUAUUCCAAUUGGAGAGCCAUUUUGAAAGAUGCAGACAAUUGGAAAAACAGUUAAUUUUAAAAGAAUUGCACAAUUUCACGAACGCGAGGUUUAACAUUCUAAGAAUAUAUUUUAAAUUUAUCUAAUUUUUUUUAUUAAAUACUUUAGUUUUUGUACGAUAUCAGACGUCAAUGAUUAAUCUAUACUAAACACAGAUAUGUCAGAAGAACUAAAUAAGGAGUGCAAAUAAAGAAUAACAGUAGCCAAAGUGGAACACUCAUAUAGAGAGAGCUGGAUUUGCCCCAAAGUCCCUGCAGUGCUCAAUACUGGUAUCCGCUAACGAAAGUCUUGUAGGUCGAAAUGCUAAGGCUGUCUGAAUUUUCACGAACCCCUUUGGCGUCGGCGUGAUCCAGUGGAUGAGAGCCCGGAGUAUAUCUGAUGCGAUUAUUCCGGGUUGGAGUCCCUGGGCUGCUGAGGCAAAAGGAUUCGCUAGAAUCCUACAACUUUGUGAUAUAAAUAUAGGAACGCUUCUUUAUCAAAGAUUUAUAUCUUGAUUAGCGUAACUUCUGAUUAACAAAAGUCUCUCUUAUAAUUAAAGAAAGACAUAUUAUGGUUUUAUUAGGGUGUAAUCGACAGAAUUAUGUCUUUUAUAAGUAACCAAAAUCUAUUUUAAAUAUAAAUUUGUUAGAAGUGUUGUUAUAACCACUCUUAUAUCCAUUUUUUCUUUGAAUCAAAAAAUAAAAAAACGCCCCGCUGUUUAAGAGAUUUACCCAAAUUUCGUUUUUGUUCUGCGCUUUUACCGAGACUAGUGAAGUACUGAACGGUGCCAACCUAGUAUAGCGACACGAUAAUAUUUAGUUGUUCAAUGUUGUGAACAGGACUAUGUUGUUAUAAAAACGUAUUAUUUGUACAAAUAAACUAUUUUGUAUCAAUAUUUUAGGUUCUGUUGGUUUCGUCAAUACCAACUACUACGAUCCCUUGUCAAUCUUUUAAUGAUCUGAAGUUUAAUCAAGCUAGAUUUUUAUUUUAUCAGCAAAUACACGAGCGAAAACUAUAAAUUCGUAUUAUAACGGCAUUAUGUAAGCUUAUAUUUGUAUUUUAAGUUAUGGGUAUAAACACGAAUAUAUAAGUUGAUAUCAACA